UAACCAGAAAAGAGAGAGAACGAGACAGAAGGGAGAAGGUGAGAGAGAGAAUUUUUAUUCUACAACUGUUAGAGUAACAGUCAUUUUCUUUUCUCCAUCAUCACAACAAAUUUGAUCUUCAUUCGAUCUCCAAGUUACAUUUCGAAUCGAAACAAAAAGGAGAACAAUUUUUUUCUAUUCUUUUUUUCUCUCUGUCAGUUAAUCUCAAUUCUUGAUUCAAAAUGGAUUCAGAAGAAGAAAAAAUUUUGAUGACCACAACUCGUCCCGCUGUUGGACAUACAAUUUUAAAAAUGGAAAGGUUAACAGCUACUCAGCUAGAUGAAAAUGGAGCCAUGCAUGUGGGUGGUGGUGAUAACAAGGGAAUAAUAAUCAAUCGUCCUGGUGUUACCGUUAAAAGUGAUCUCGAUGGUAAAGCUGCUCACCUUAAUUUGUCAUUUAAAGUGUUCCUAGUUAACUUGACAACAACCAAGGCUCAUGUUGAGGAACAUCGAAGUCUCAAAUUCUGGUUUAAAGAAGGAAUCACUGAAUCUGAUCAACUCAUGACGGCUCAAGAAUUUUUCCGUGAUCUAGUCAAUCCAAGUGAUUUUCCACGUGAUUAUGUUGGUUUUAUAAUGAAGGUUAUCAAGCUUUUACAGCGUAAAUUUUUAACCAUACGACAAAUUCAAUUGGACAUGAAACAAUCAGAAGAGAAAAGUGAAUUACCAAGUCGACCGGAAUCAAUGGAAACAGUUACAACAAUUAACUUGGAUAGUUUGGUUAAUAAUAAUGAUUCUAGUGAUGAAACAAAUAGCAAGAGUCAAUUUAAUCUUCCAAUUCCUCUGAUUUCAUCUAAUUAUCAUAAUCUUAAUCUAUCACCAUCAGCUAAAUCAUCUUCAUCAACAGGCUCAUCUCAGUCACAUUAUAUUGAUUAUUAUGAUGAUUCGGGAAAUUAUAGCUCUUCAAUCAACGAUUCUGAUUCUUCAUUUGAUGGAAAAGUUUCCGUUGAUGAAGCAGCUUUGGGAGCAAUUGUUGAAUUAACUCAGUCCCGUGUCCUGGAAAUAAUUGAAUCCUCUUAUCCAAAUGCAGUUACCCUUGAAGAUAUUGUCAAGACAACCAAUUCAACUGAAGAGGAGGUUAACUUUCACAUUAUUGAUCUUAUCUCCAAAAAUAUCAUUGAACCCAUGGAUAAUCUUGGUUUUAUCAGGGUUAAUCGGAAUGAUACUCAAGUUAAAAUGGUUAAACAAAUGCCUAAAGUACAAAAAUCCCAGCAACCAACCAUUGCCAUCAUAACAGCUCAAUAUUGUGAAAAAUUGGCAGUUGAUGCAAUGAUUGAAGAUAAAGAUACUUAUGUUAAAUAUAAGACUGAAGGUGAAUCAAAUGUUUACACUUUGGGUACCAUUGGUAAACAUCGGGUUGUCUCAACCAAAUUACCAACCAUAGGAACCACGAGAGGAGAUAUGAUUGCCGCUGGUAAUACAACUACAAGACUUUUAGGAACCUUUCAACAUGUUGAACAUGUUUUCCUUGUUGGACUCGGCGGUGGUGUUGCCCAUUAUACGGAUUUCAGUAAACACGUACGAUUGGGUGAUGUUGUCGUUUCAAUACCUCCACCUACAAACAGUAAUUCACCCACACACAAGCCCUACAUUUAUAUUCACUGUGAAAAAGUGACCAGUUUAGCGGCAGAGGAAAAGGGCAUCAACGCUAUGAACGGUGAAGAUGAUUCAGCUGAUGGUUUCUCUUUCCGUACAUGGGGACCAGUGAAUUUGGAAUUACAAGAGUUGUCACAAAAGUUAUGGAAAGAAGGGAUUACUGGUGAUUCCAAGCGAACCUGGGAAACUUAUCUGACCACUGGAUUGACCGCUUUAGAAUCACAUGAAACUGAUUUCAAAAGACCACCGGUUGAAACUGAUAAAUUGUUCAUGGCUCUUGGUGCGAAAGAUGUUCUUGAAGUUAUUCAUCCUGAAGUCCCUGAGGGAGUUUAUGAUCCUCGUGCUUCCGGUAUGCCAAUGGUUCAUUUUGGUGCCAUUGCUUCAGGUCGAUCAGCUGUUCGUGAUGAUCAAGUUCGAGCUGAGAUCGCGACCAAGUUUGGUGUUUACGCUUUCGACUCUGAAUUUGAUACGGUUGUUGAAUCUAUUCAUGGUAAUCGUAAGGAGAAAUAUAUUUUCAUCCGGGGAAUUUGUGAUUACAAGGAUGGUACUCGAAAAAAGGACUGGCAACCAUUUUCAGCGCUGGCAGCGGCUUCGUUCAUGAAAUCGAUGAUUAUGUUGCUACCAUCAACAACGGACGAAUAAUAUAAAUUAUCAACGAUCAACAACUGAAUCAAAAUUCAUUCAACUCUUUAACAAAUUUCCUUGAAAAUGCAAAAAUUUGACCCAAACAAAAUGAAACCUUAUUGUUAUCGGAACAUCAUCAAAUUAUCUGACAAUUAAUCAAAUUAUGAUAACAAUUUAUUAAUCAAAAGACAUGGAAUUGACUUUACUCAUUACCAUUCAUUUGUUUCAUUCAAAUCUUCACCAUUAUUAAUUAUUAUUAUUCAUCAACGGGAAUCAUCUGAUUAACCCUAUUCACCUUAAUCAAAGCAUUUCUGACAAUAUCAUUUGUUAAUUUCUUCAUCAACAUCUUCAUCAUUUCAAUUAGAACCAGGAUCUCGACAUGAAAUUUAUAUUCACAACAAUUAAUAUAAAUACAAAAAAAAAUCUAAUUACAUCUUCGGACUCUUUGGUUGGUAAUUUAUACCAAAUGUUAUCCUAUUUUCAAGCCUAUGGAUAGAAUUGGAUUAACAGUUUUAUUAUUUUCCAACAAUUUAAUUAAUUAUAAUCUAUUAAUAUAUUAUAUUGCUAAAAUUAGUCAACUUACAAUUAUAAUUGUAUAUUUUCAUCAAAGACUCCUGAUAAUUGUUUAACUAUUACAAUCAACAAAGAAACAGUUGAUUUGAUUAUUUUUCAUUUGGAACAUAUGAUUUUACCUUGGAUGCAAUUAAUCAAUUAACUAAUCAACUUUAGAUUUCACUGAUACCAUUUUUCUUAUUCAAAUCAAAUGUAAUCCAAUUCUCACUCUGGUCAAUUUAAAUCUCUCUCAAAGUCAAACAAUUAACUGAUUUUUUGGACGUUAUUUUGGUUCAUCAAUUAUCCACAAGUUAAUCCAAUCAAAUUAACAAUACCAACAAACUAAAGGUCAACAGUUAUGAUUUUUAAAUUGUGUUCUUAAUUACUUGACCCAACAAACUACAAUGGAAAUUAAAAUCCUGAUUUUAAACAAUUGACAAA